AAGGCGUAUGUACCCCCUUAAUUUUGUUUUCAGAUACGUGCCUUUGUGCACGGUGGAAAAGUGUAGACUGAUGGCCUGUUGGGGCAGACAUUGAAUUUGAGAAUUUAGAAAUAGAUUCUCCUGUUUGUGAAGAAUAAUCUUCAACAUGCGUCGUAGAGUGACUGGAACAGCGUUGGAGAUGCUGGGCUGUGGUACAAUAACAAGCCCACGGGUGAGCCGACUUAUGCUGGCCCCCGUCACAAAAACCAUCUCCCCUCUCUCGGCCACCACAGACGGGGAAAGAUUUCGUUCAACGUCUUCAAUUCAACAAGGACAUACAGAGCUGGCGCGAGAGAGGUCCAAAACAGUCACGUCGUUUUACAACCAGUCUGCAAUCGAUGUUUCAGCAGAGAAGGCCUCGGUCAGACUGACACCAACAACCCUAUUGUAUGCUGGGAAGUCUCCAGAUGGACAUCAUGUCUUGAGCAGUGCUACAUACCUACACAAAGAGCUGCCGGUGCGCAUUGCCCACCGCAUCAAAGGCUUCCGCAGCCUGCCCUUCAUCAUUGGCUGCAACCCAACCAUACUGCAAGUGCAUGAACUCUACAUUCGAGCCUACCACAAGCUCUGCGAGUUCCCUCCGAUCAAGGACCAGGAGAUGGAGGGUCGCUUCAGUAAGCUGGUCCAGCAGCUGCUGGAUGACCACAAAGACGUGGUCACCCUCCUCGCCGAGGGCUUCAGGGAAUGCCGCAGACACAUCCAGGACGAGAACUUGGUCCGUAACUUCCUGGACACCACCCUCACCUCUCGUCUUGGAAUCAGGAUGCUGGCCACCCAUCAUCUGUCCCUGCAUGAGGAGAAUCCUGAUUUCGUUGGGAUCAUCUGCCGGCGUCUUUCCCCCAAAAAGAUCAUUGAGAAGUGGGUGGACUUUGCAAGGCGUCUGUGCGAGCACCAGUACGGUAACUCCCCCCGGGUGAGGAUCAACGGCCACGUGGCGGCCCGCUUCCCCUUCAUCCCCCUCCCCCUGGACUACAUCCUGCCCGAGCUGCUCAAGAACGCCAUGAGGGCCACCAUGGAAAGUCACCUGGACACUCCGUACAACGUGCCAGAUGUAGGCGUCACCAUUGCCAACAAUGACACAGACUUUGUCAUCAGGAUCUCGGACCGUGGUGGCGGCAUUCCUCACAGCGUCAUAGACAAAGUGAUGGACUACCACUUCAGCACGGCAGAGGAGAGUGCCCAGGACCCGCGCAUGAACACCCUCUUCAACAACAUCACCAACAGCGGCCCCCAGUCAGGCCCCAUGCAUGGGUUUGGCUUUGGCCUGCCUACCUCCAGGGCUUAUGCAGAGUACCUGGGCGGAUCUCUGUCCAUCCAGUCCAUGCAGGGCAUCGGCACGGAUGUCUACCUGCGCCUGCGCCACAUCGACGGCAAGGGAGAGAGUUUCCGUGUCUGAGACCCCCUGCUGCUCAGCCUGGGAGACCCCAGAGAGAUGGCAAGAUGGGAUUGGCCCAGUAUUCCUCAAAUGGGAGGCUUGGUCAUUUCAAUGCCGGCUGGCGUUCCACCAUUCUGCAGUCCAGAACAUUUCAAGUGGCCGAGCGGCUUCUGACUAACUCAACUCGACUUUUUGUUCUUUUUUUUUGGCCUCAGGCUGAAAAGACUGGAAGAGCUUCUUCUGAGUUGGCACUUCCAACGUUUUCUUCUUUUUUUUCUGUCAUUUGUCUGCGUCACAUGAGGGUUUGUGAACUUUUGCACUUGUCAUCAGAGUGCAUGGUGGUUAGUGUUGGUGUUGUGAAUUUGGUAGAACAGGAAAGGGGGGAACAAAGAUCUCCAGCCUUAAAGAUAUUGAUUUGUCAGUUACUUAUUUUUUAAGACCAAUGCUGAUGAGCGUGGUCUUGUGUCUGACAUGCAUUAGAAUUUGGAUUAAGUUGGUCUUUGCAAGACUUUAUCUUGAAUUGCCUGUGAAGGACACCAUGGAGAAAACUGCCAAAACACAUGUGGAAGAGCGUGCAUGUUAUUGGGGAGAAACUAAAAGUUAAACUUUUGGUUUAGUACAGUUAUUUUAAGCGCUAUCAGGUGAGGAGAUGGGCAGAGAUGUUCUGUUGCCUUACUGUAUGCUGCUGGUCCUUAACACAGUAUACUGAUUUUACUUAAACAUUAACCAGUUCAAUAUCCUUUCUGUCAUGAAAUGUUACAUAUAUACCACAUCAGAUGAGAGUAAACUGACCAGCUGUUUUCCUCACUGUGAAUGAUUAUUCCAAAUGCUAAUCAUCACUCGCAGCAUAGACGUUUAUCGGUUACAUACUUUAGGUUCAAAGCACCAGAAUAGGUGUUUUGUGUUAGUUUACUAUGUCUUUAUCUACAAAAAAAGAGAAUUUGAAGUAUAUCCAUUUUUAUUAUUUGCUUGUUUGUUCUAUUUGAAAUACACUUUGAAUAUCAUUUUUCUUUGUUACUGACACACAUUCCGAGACGGGUCAAAUAUCAAAACUAAGGAAAACUUUACUUUCUAGUACUAUAGUAGUAGUAGUCAUUUGAGGAGAAUGAUGGAAUCAUGUAAAUACAGUAUUCUGGACUUGAACUAGAAUUCUGGAGAAAGGUACAUCCUUUAGUAUCCACUAGACUGUAAGAAAGGAUUGUAGGCACCUGCAUAAUAAUAGUACCUUGUGAUUUUAAAGGUUUGGGUGGCCCAAGAUUCUUCUAGCAUGAGAAUUACAAUUUGACAGACCGCACCUCAUGAAGGACUGUUGUCCAAGUGUGCCAUCUGCUGGCAAAAUAAAAGAAUACUUACAGACCCUCAAAAAGAGAUGGUAAAGUAUCCUUUGAUAUUAGAAAUUAAAAUGAAGUGUAAUACAUAUUUGUUCCUUUAUUAUCUUUAAAAGUGUGAUGAAGCUGAAACAUUCUUGAUUUUGUGGUCAUGAAAUGGAAGACUAACAUACUCAUGUGUUUCUUGUAUUUCUUCUUUAGGCCAAAUAACUGAAUGGUGUUACUGACAGUAUGCACUGGUGUGGAUUCUGCGGAUGUCAGAUUUUUUUGUAUGUUUGUGUCUUCAAGACAUGUCAUUAGUUUAUAUUUAUUGGGCAUUAUUAAACUCUCAAAAACA